AUGGUAGCCUGCUCUUGGGAUGCACUGUUGGCCUACAGCACGGUGAAGAUAGUGCGCAUACAGGACAGGCGGGUGGGGUUGGUGCACUAUGCGUUUCUGCUGGGGAUAGUGGGCUACAUCGUGGGCUUCACCAUUCUCUUCCAGCAGCGCUACCUGCUCCUGCAACGCCCCGUGGGUGCUGUCCGCGUUUCCCUUCAAAGCCCGCAAACGCGAGGGCAGGUGCCGAUGGCACCCACGGCGCUGCCCUACUGCCUGCAGGCGCAGAACGAAACGCACGGCUUCCCCAAUCGGGAGUGCCUCUACUGGGACGAAAACCUGCUAUCCACAAGUGGAGGCUACAGCGAUGGACGCACGAGCAUGACCACUUCCCCAUCGCCCCAGUUUGUGAGCACGCGUGUGACGCAGACGAAUCAAGUGCUGCCCAACUGCAGCCUGGAGAAGCCCACAUGCACCUACGUCGACGUCAACUCAACCGAACACUUCGUGGCCGACAUCGGCAACUUCACCGUGAUGGUGGACCACUCCAUCUACGCUCCUAAGGUGGGCGUGCUGGCCAAUUCGCGAGAGCUUCCGGGUGGCUUGCUCGAUGUCGAUGGCCACACGGUGCGCGACCAUGCAGAGGGCGACAGUGUGGGGGUGCGCGCUUCUUCGAACCGGUCGCGCAGCCUGCGGGAUGACGGGCUCGUGGUGCUGGUGUUCAUCACCUACAGCAACACGCACACCUACAGCACGGGCAGCAUCCGCUACCAGUAUUCUCUUCGCAUGGUGGAGAAUACCAAGUUCAAAGCCGUGCAGCCCAUCUACACCAAGAACAUCGAGAAUCGAGUCAUAUGGAACCGGCACGGCAUCCGCUUCAUUUUCCUUCAGACGGGCGAGCUGGGCGCCUUCGACUUUGCGACCCUCCUCCUGAGCGCCGUGGCGACGCUGGUGGUGGACGUGUUCGCCUUGCACCUCCUCAAGUCGGGCCGAGCAGUGUACUCCAAGUACAAGUUCCUCCCCACCCCCACCUACCACGCACCACCACAUGAGAACGAGAACCGGUCGGUAGUCCUCCGGAUCUGA